AUGGCGGACCAGAACACUGUCAAGGAGGCUGAGGCCUCCAUGGCCAACCUCCAGCUCGACUCCGUCACCGGUGAGAUGGUCUCCAAAUCGGAGCUGAAGAAGCGCCUGAAGCUUCGUGAGAGGGAAGCCAAGAAGAAGGAGAAGCAAUACUUUGAGAUCCGAAGCAAGAGGGUCCAGAAGAUGUUCGAGACCAAGAACCCAGACCCCUACCCCCACAAGUUUCAGGUCACCACCGAUCUCCGCGAUUUCCUCAAAGACUACGACAGCCUCAAGAAGGGCGAGGAGAAGCCCGAUGUCCCUAUCCGCCUUGCUGGUCGUGUCUAUACCAAGCGCGCCUCCGGACCCAAGUUGAUCUUCUACGAUCUCCGUGCCGAGGGUAAGAAGGUCCAGGUCAUGUGCCAGGCCCAGAACGCCACUGGCAGCGUGCCAUUCGAGCAGCAGCACGAGCACCUCCGUCGUGGUGAUAUUAUCGGUGUUGUCGGAUAUCCCGGUCGUACUUCCCCCAAGAACCGAGACGAUGGCGAGCUCUCCAUCUUUGCCACUGAGGUCGUUCUUCUGGCCCCGUGCUUGCACGCCAUUCCCUCCGAGCAUUACGGUUUCCAGGACAAGGAGCUGCGCUUCCGUCAGCGCUACUUGGAUCUCAUCAUGAACGACAGCACUCGCGAGGUGUUCCGCACACGUGCCAAGAUUAUCAGCUAUAUCCGCAAUUUCUUGGACAACCGUGACUUCACCGAGGUUGAGACGCCGAUGAUGAACCAGAUCGCCGGAGGAGCCACUGCCAAGCCCUUCGUCACGCACCACAAUGACCUUGAUCAGAAGAUGUUCGUACACGUUCCCUGGUACAUGCGUAUUGCGCCGGAACUCUACCUGAAGAUGCUCAUUGUCGGUGGCCUCGAGCGUGUGUAUGAGAUGGGCCGUCAGUUCCGUAACGAGGGAAUCGAUCUUACCCACAACCCCGAGUUCACUACCUGCGAGUUCUACUGGGCUUACGCCGAUUACAAUGACGUGAUGGAUCUGACUGAGGAGCUUGUCUCAGGCUUAGUCAAGCAUGUUACUGGUGGCUAUGAGACCAAGUUCACCACUCAGAGUGGCGAGGAGUACAACAUCAACUGGAAGGCUCCCUGGCGCCGAAUUGAGAUGAUCCCUGGCCUCGAGGAGGCUACCGGGGAGACAUUCCCUCCCGCGGACCAGCUUCACACUGCCGAGACCGGCGAGUUCCUCAAGGGUGUGCUCAAGAAGAUGAACGUGGAGUGCACCCCCCAUUGA